AUGUCUUUGUUUAUUGGCAAUCUAUCAGCUCGCACCCGCGGAGAUGAUCUUCGGCGUCUUUUUAGGAAGUUUGGACAUUGUACAUUUAAACGGAAAGAUCACUAUGGGUUUGUAGUAUAUGAUAUCCCGCAGGAUGCUGAGAAAGCUUUAAGAGCACUACAGGGUAGGCAUAUCUGUGGGGAGCCUUUAGUACUAACAUGGUCAAAAAAGCAGCCUAUACCUUUCCAGGGACAUCAAAGAGUUGUUAGAUCCUACGAGCUACAGGGGAGGCAUUCUGCCAGGGGAAGAGACUUUGCUGGUAGAAGAAUGAGUUCAAAUGACCGCAGAGAUUACAGAUCAGAUAUAAAGCAGCCUGAUACUGAUGGUUCAAAGGAUAAUUCUGUGGAUAUGCUCAAUGGACGCAGUGGUGACCCUCAAAAACAUGCUAAAGAUGAUAAUAGCGAACAUCAUAAUUUCAGGGAAGGUCUGCUGGCUGCUGGUCAUACUGAUGUAGCUGAGCUAGUGGACACUGCCAAUCACACUGACCAUGAGGUGGGAUUUGACAGAUAUGAACCUUGCCGAAGUAAUGAAGGGGAAGAUGAUCAUGAAACCCGUCAGAUGGAAUAUUCUGGUUGUGGUUCUGUUCCACAAAGACCUCAAGAGAAUGCAAGGAUAUUGAAAACCGGUGACACUACUUUGAACCGUCAUAAUGAUUUAAAAUCACAGAAUGCCUGCUUCAGCUGUGGGGAUUUGGGACACAAGAUACGUGAUUGUCCCAGAAAAUACUCAUCUGGAAGAAAGCCUACAGGGUUUGAUCACAGGCAGGAUGAUGCUAUUGGUAAAACUAGUAAAGGUGAAGCUGAACUAGACAGAUUUGGAUCAAUGUCAUGGGAGAAUCUGUGGUUGAUCAAGGAUACUGCUUCAGGGCACAGAAAGAGUAAGUGGGCAAGUGAUUCAGGAAAGAGUCGAAUGUUGAUUAACAGCGGAACAUCUCCUGUAACUGUUAGUAAGGAAACUGACAGGACUGAAAUGAAGGAUCGUGGACGAAAGAAGAGAAGUAGAUGGGAAGGCAAAUGUCCAAAAAGGAAUAGUGCUAAGAAAGCAAGAACAGUUUCAUCACCACCUCAUUCUGAUUACCCUGCAUCCAAGUCUUGUGCUGCUUCUCAAUCAUCUAAGUCUGUGUCAAGGUGUAGUAGUUCCAGAGCUAGGUCAAAAUCAGUUUCUAUGAGGAGACAGUCCUUGUCAUCUGACUCAAGAUCCAGCUCAAAAUCAGUAAGUUCCAAGUCUACGUCAAGGUCAAGCUCCUUUACUUUGUCCUCUGAAUCACUAAGCCGGUCAUCAUACAAGGAACAUGUAGAUCUUAAAUGCGCUGUGUAUAGCAACACUAUGCCUCCCAAAUCCAAGGAGAUUCUGCUUGAAAAGAGACAGCCAAUAGGAGGGGAUGCCCUGAGGGUCCAAAAUCCAGGUUCUGAUGGUGCUUGGUGUUCAUAUCCAGAGGUUUCAAAGGAGAAGAUUGAUCCAGAAAAUUCUGGUGGACUGGCGGUGGGGGCAACUCAAGUGAAGGAGCCAGCUUCAGAAGUGCACGUCAAUUAUUGCAAUGGGCGUUCAACAUGCAUAUCCUCGGAGGAGAUGUGCAUGGUUUUAAAGCACUAUGGCAUGGAACUUCCAGAAGAAAGUGAAAGGGACUUACCGAUAGAGGAGUAUCUUGGUUCAGCUCGCCUUUGGCCAUGGGAGAUUAUCUAUUACAGGAGGCUGAAAAAAGGACUAGUUUCGGUUGAGAACUAUGCCAGGCGAGUUUCUCAGAACCAAGAGUUUGGCAUUGUUGAUAAAUUUGUCCGAAGCAGUAGUGGAUGGGGAGAAAUAGAUCAGGAAAAUCCUUGA